AUGGUCUCCGUAGGGCUCCAGCUGCUGGGCUACGCCGUGGCCUUUCUGGGCUACAUCGGCACGCUAACAGCCACGCUGCUGCCCAGCUGGAAGGUCAGCUCCCACAUCGGCUCCAGCAUCGUCACAGCCGUGAGCUUCACCAAGGGGCUGUGGAUGGAGUGCGCCACGUACAGCACAGGCAUCACCCAGUGUGACAUCUACAGCUCCCUGCUCAACCUGCCUGCCGACAUCCAGGCAGCCCAAGCCCUGAUGGUCAGCUCCUGCGCCAUCUCCUCCCUCGCCUGCCUCCUCACCGUUGUGGGCAUGAGGUGCACGAUCUUCAACCAGGGCUCGCCGGGCAAGGACUGGGUGGCAGUGGCCGGCGGCGUGGCCUUCAUCCUGGCGGGGCUGCUCUGCUUCAUCCCCUUGGUGUGGAACAUCCACGUCGUGCUGCAGGAAUUCUACAACCCCGUCCUGCCCGACAGCAUGAAGUUCGAGCUUGGGGAGGCUCUUUACCUGGGCAUCAUCUCCUCCCUCUUGUCCCUCAUUGGUGGCUUCAUCCUCUGCACCUCCUGCCCUGCCCGGGACACAACCAUCACCUACUCAAGCACCCACCAGCCCCGGCUGCUGGCAGGCAAGAGUUCCCCACCCUCUGUCAACCAGAUACAGAAGACCAAGAGUGAAGUCAACUCCUACAACCUGACGGGAUACGUGUAG